AUGGCAAGCUUUGAAACCUUACCGCCUGAGACCCUCUUGCAAAUUGCAGCUUGUUCAGACCUCAGCUUGUCAUGUCUUCAUGAUCUACAACUCACUUGUCGUCGACUUUUCCACAUCACGAAUCCUUUGUUGCACCGCAAAGCUGCUCAGAGUCUUGCUGCCCUACAUAGAUUGGUCGAAGAAGAUCAGGGCCGCAUCAUUCAGCGGGUUCUGAGUUACCAAGUCAAGGUGAAAUCGGCUGCGCCUCAACACUUCCUCGACAUCAGUCUCUUUCAGGCGCUCUCGGCAGGUCACUUCAAAGCUGCCUACGCUUUGCUCAACGGCGGGGCGGAGAUCAUCUUCAGCACCUAUUCUCCAGACCGCUCACAAUGUUGCGAGACCAGAGAAUGGCUCAAAGACAAUGAUGUACUUGGACUCGGGUCCCUCGCACACGCAGCCAGGAGUCGGUAUCAUAUGACGUUCUGGUACAAAUCUACUGCGCCGCCAUACGCCUCUGAGGAGUAUUUCUGGAAGUGGAAGGGGAAGGUCCUGGAGAAGAUUUGGGUCAGACUCCAGCUCCAUUUCAUCCAAGAUAUUUCUCUCGGACUCCCCAGCGUCGCCAACCAGACGUAUUCAAGAGAGCUCAACAUGGCACUCGCUGAAGCUGCAACGGCGGACGCGCAUUCCAUUGACAUGAUGGAAUACCUCAUCCGAAAAGGAGCAGACGCCCACUGCCAAAAUUCACCGCAGUUGACUGGACAAGCCUGGCAUAAUGCAUUGAACGAGGAGGUCCCAGCUCUUUUCGAAGCCAAGGUGAAUCUGCUCCUUUACCAUGGGGUCGACCCAAUGAAGGUCUGGACCUGGGAGGGAGCGCGGACACCAAUCCAAUUCUUCCUCACAAAGUUGUAUCGAGACUCUCUGUAUGGCGAAGAAGGCAGCCCCUUUGUCAACAAGGUCUUGGGUUACAUGGAUUACUUGGAGUCAUGUGGCUGUCUACGCUGGCCCCAAACCACACUUGAGUCCUUUGUGCCCGAUAUUGGAACUGUGCAGCUCAACGGCACCAUUGGCAAUGAUCAGACGGAGGAGAAUGACUUGUGUGACGCUCACGGAGUGGAUGGCAGUCGGGAGCUCGAUCUCAUCUUCAACGAGCCGAACGAAUCCCUGCAGCCACUUCGGGAAGCUUUGUCGAGUCACUGUUCACGCAAGCAGUUUCAGCAACAGGUUCCGCUGCGUCCACCCGCCUCUUUCAGGGAGCGGUUUGACAGGGAUUCAAUGCCGAUCGCUAUUCAAAAGCUCGAUAGCCUGUUCAUGGUUUUCCCAGUCUUGAGACCCAGUGUAUCGACAACUGGUGAGGGAAGUACUAGUCCUGUGGAGAAGUAG